AUGCCUGGCAAGUGCAUCGGCAUUGAUCUGGGCACCACCUACUCUUGUGUAGGUGUGUUCCAGCAUGGCAAAGUGGAGAUAAUCGCCAAUGAUCAAGGAAACCGAGUGACGCCGUCUUUUGUGGCUUUCACCGACACUGAACGUCUGAUCGGCGAUGCUGCCAAGAACCAAGUGGCACUGAACCCGACCAACACUGUUUUUGAUGCAAAGCGACUCAUUGGCCGUCGCUACGAUGACUCCACUGUCCAGUCAGAUAUAAAGCACUGGCCCUUCAAGGUGGUCAGCGAGGGCGGCAAACCGAAGAUUCAAGUGGAGUACAAGGGCGAAACUAAGCGAUUUUUUCCAGAGGAGAUUUCCUCAAUGGUCCUCAUUAAGAUGAAGGAGACUGCUGAGGCGUAUCUCGGCCAGACGGUGACUGACGCCGUCAUCACGGUCCCUGCAUACUUUUCGGAUAGCCAACGCCAGGCGACCAAGGACGCGGGCGUGAUUGCCGGCCUCAAUGUGCUGCGCAUCAUCAACGAGCCCACUGCA